CAAUGGCUGCACGGGAUAUGCAAAAUCUGGUUUAAACCGGUUUCUAUCUUAAAUUCCAAUAUAAAAACUUAAUAAAACAUAUUCAGCCGUUGUUGUAUUUUACGCGAUACGCUGUGAGGUGUGCAGGGCGUUGCUGCUCACGAAUAUAAUAUUUACACAAUUAUUCAGGUUUUUAGAAAUUUUUCCAGCGUUUUUCUGUAACCAAGAUGCCCAAAAGAAAGAUUGAUGGUGAGAAGGCCGCCAAAGGCAAGGAGGAGCCAACAAGACGCUCUGCGAGGUUGUCUGCUAAACCAGCUCCUCCUAAAGCAGAGCCAAAGCCCAAAAAAGCCGCCCCUAAGAAGCCAGCCAAGGGGAAGAAGGGCAGCAACCCUGCUGAAAACGGAGAUGCCAAGGCAGACCAGGCACAAAAGGUUGACGCCACUGGCGAUGCUAAAUGAGAAGAUAACCGGUGUCUGAUCCUUCUAUGUACUUGGUGACUGUACAGUUUGAAAUAACUAUUUUUUACCAAGUUUUAUAUUAAGAAUUACAUUUAUAGUUGACUUGUUGACUCGCUUUUUAUGUACUGAUUGAUUUGACAGGAGCUUCUGUAUUUCAUUCAUAUCCCAUUUUUUAAUCAAGCCGUCUAUAUCUUGCCAAAACAGUUAAAUCUGUUGGUGAAACAUACAAAUUUUGUCCUAAAGUUUGUUUUAUUGCUUUAUCUUUCUUUCUUGUUUUAUCUUUGGAUUUUAAACACCAAACAUUCUCAAAAGGCAGCUUAAGAGAGUUUCUAAACUGUUUUCCUAAAGGGUUUUCACCAUGUUGUUAGCAUUUAAACAUACAAAUACUGUGUUUUUAGUUUUUUUUUUCCUUCUUUUUUUAAGAAAUUACAAUGAAAUUGUCACUAGGAGAGAAAAAAAAGUAAAUGAGGCAGCAAUCUUGAGUAAAUUUACUAUGUGAACCUUCAAUUUCUUUAGAGCUGUGUGUUCUUAGCUUGUCUUGUUUAUUAAGUUAUGCUCUGCAACUGUGGAAGGAUAUUCAAUGACUCUUAAAAUGCUGUUUUAAAUGGUUUUGAAUAAAAAAAUACAUAAAACUGUCCAGAAAAAAAUAAA